UUACUUACUCCCACUGACAUCCUAGACUAAAUAAAAGACCCAGUCUUCCUAGUCCAAUUUCAAAAGAAAAACAAAGAGAGAGAGAGCACUAUAUAUCGUCUUUUUGAUCAUUGAUUGUUAAGUUGUGCUGUGAAAAUGAACCAAGAAAUGAAUGGGGUUGAGGCUGAUCAGAUUCAGAGGGUUGCUCAGGAGAUUAAUGGGCAAGAAAAGAUAGACUAUGUGUUCAAGGUGGUGGUUAUUGGAGACUCAGCAGUUGGGAAGACUCAGAUUCUGUCCAGGUUUACUAAGAAUGAGUUCUGCUUUGACUCCAAGUCCACAAUUGGGGUUGAGUUCCAGACUAGGACUGUCACCAUUAAAGGCAAACUCAUCAAAGCCCAGAUCUGGGAUACUGCUGGCCAAGAAAGGUAUAGAGCAGUAACAAGUGCAUACUAUAGAGGUGCAUUAGGGGCAAUGCUGGUGUAUGACAUUACCAAGAGGCAGACCUUUGAUCAUGUUGCUAGGUGGGUGGAGGAACUCCGGGCUCACGCCGACAGUUCGAUCGUGAUCAUGCUGGUUGGGAACAAAGCUGAUCUUGGGGAGCAGAGAGAUGUGCCCACAGAAGAUGCAGUUGAGUUUGCUGAGGAUCAAGGGCUGUUCUUCUCUGAGACAUCAGCCUUCAGUGGUGAAAAUGUGGACACUGCAUUCUUUAGUGUCCUAGAGAAGAUAUAUGGGGUGGUGUCUAAAAAGGCAUUGGAAUGUGGCAAUGGAAACAAAUCCAAUGGGGUUGAUCUUAAAGGAGCUAAAAUUGAUGUUAUUUCUGGGUCUGAGUUGGAAAUUAGUGAGAUGAAGAAAUUGUCUGCUUGCUCUUGUUGAUCUAAUUGUAUUAGGUGAGGGGGCCAGUGGUAUAAUUUUUCAACUUGUUUACUGCCACAUCAAGGAUGAGCCAUUUAUGUUUUCUUUUCUUUCUUUUUUGAAUUUGUUUGGUUUGGGGUAACAAGUAAAAAAGAGGCUAAAGGCCUUGAAGGGAAAAAGUAAGUGUCAAAUUCUCAUGGCGAAAUGUGAAAUGUGGGGCAAGUAAUUUAUCACUGGAGUUAUAAGUCUUCUCGAUUGUAAUAUGAUUGUAAUUAUCAUGAUUGGUCUUUGAAUUUAAUUUUUCUUUAUAUACAAAAGCGAUAUUGAAA